AUGGCUGUCGCGCGAUUGGAAGCUCUUGUGGAUGUCGCAAAUUCAUCCCGAGUCAGCCGCGAGCUUGUGCUAGAAUACAUCACUGGAAGGGACAUCCUUGGUGUCCCCGCGUGCAAUUCCAGUCCUUGGCGGCUCGUGCUCACAGAGCGCACCAACGGCAGCCAUGAAGCCGCCGCUGCCGUUACCAUCGUGGCCCUUUCAGCGCUCCCGCGAUGCGAUGCUAUCGGUCCCUUAUUUGCUGCGGACUGGAGCCUGGGCAGGGCAUUGCAGAAGAUUGAGUCGAAGAUGGUGAGGCAUGAUGCCCCUGCUUUGAGAAGCAUCCCUCCUCAAGUGCCAGCGAAAGUCCGCCGCCAUAUUCUGCUGUUCGCGCUACCACGUAAAUUUAAAUACGGGACGCCCAUGCACUUCUUGCAUCUGAUAGACAUCAACGUCUCUGCAGUCGCUCCUAAUAUCGACCAGCCCAGCAUAUCAGCCAUGCGCCCUCCUGACCCAGAAACAGCGACUCGGACGAUCUGCAAGACCAUCGCAAAUGGGAUGUGCGAGCACGACGCAGGAUCCUCCAGCGAGUAUGACCCUGCAGGGCUCCUUCCUGAGCGAGCAUCGCACUGA